CAGCGUGGAGGUAAACACUCGGUUGCGUCAUUGUUAUUGUGCAGCUCAGCGCACGUCUCCAGCUGCUGCAGAUUUCGCCACAGAUUCGCUCCACUUUUUAUAUUUAGUUCAACACUGACGACGACGGAGGAGGAGGCAAAGAAAGCACCAUGGAGCUACCUAAGGACGCUUUAUCGGAGGAGAGUUUGCAAGGCUCCUGGGUGGAGUUGCACUUCAGCGGGGCAGCUUCACAAAGCAGCCAGGAGCUGCUAAUGCCCACGUCCACCCAGGAGGAUGACGUGGAGAACAUGCUGCUGGACGCCCAACACGAGUCAGCCAGGAACAGCUCGGGCGGAAGCUCGCAAUGCAACAGGUCUGUGCGAGAGGAGGGGGAAGUUAGUUGUAAAAUACAGAUAGUCACGUGUCACUGUGCCAACAGUCCACUCGGAGGACACACCCCGCUGCUUGCGUGGAGAAGCUCUGGAGGAAGUAGCUUGCAGUCGGACGAGGACCUCCAGGAGAGAAGGCAGGAAGUGGAAAUGAUGAUGACAAACAAAAACGCAGACUGGAUCUGGGACUUGUCCAGCCGACCAGAGAAUAAUCCACCAAAGGAGUUCCUGCUCAAGCACCCCAAGCGCUCCACCUCCCUGAGCAUCCGCAACACCAGCGUCAUGAAGAAGGGCGGCAUGCUGUCGGCCGACUUCCUGCAGCUUUUCCUGCCCUCGUUAAUCAUCUCACACAUACUCGCCGUCGGCCUGGGGAUCUAUAUCGGGAAGCGACUGACCUCCCACGGCACCCUCUGAGUCGUGAAGCGCUGUGACUUUUAUGUGACCCAAGCAUGCCUUAAAAUGACAAGCUGGAAUGUGAGAACCAAGCGACUGUGGGACGGAAGGGGGUUGGACGGAAAGGCGCACUGUUGCUCCACCGUGGCGGCUCUUGGACUCGACGGCGACCCGUCCAGCUUUGUCCGGUUCUGCUGUUGCUUGCAGCACUUUAACAUCUGCACGUUGUAGGAACUGAUACUGUGCCCUUUUGAUCUGUUUGCAUUGAAUCCCUUUGGCUACAGUGCUUGUACAGCGUCUUAUUUUGUUCAUGUACUGUGAUUCGUAUUUAUUGCAGUGGUUCUCAAUUAUCCUCUGCCGUGACGCCCCCAGGGGACGGAAAAUGGAAGUUUGGUAAUCCAUGGCCACUUGACGCUUUGAAUUUCAUUCUCUGAGUUUUUCAAAAAUAUAUGAAUUAAUAAAUCAUUGCUGAAUGAAUGAAUGAAUGUUUCAUGGUUGAAUACGGCCUAGCAGUCAAAACAUUUUGCAUAUUGAAGGAAAUUGUCCGUUUUCUUUUGUCUAAAUGAAGCAUUUUCAAGCAUAUAAAUGGCUAAAUAAACUAAACCAAUACGAGGAAGAUGCAUUGAGAGACAGAUGUGGGAUUCCACCGAGGUUGAGUCAUACGUUCUAAACAGUUCUUUUUUACAGACCAGAGGUACCUGACAGUUUGGACUGCCCAACUUGCAGUCUUCCUCACAGUGGGCACGUGUUGCUCCUGUGACGUGACGUCAUGUCAGCUGAUUUAUACCGAUGUUGUCGCUGUCUUCCUGUCCGAAGGCAGGGCAACUUCUUUUGGGCCACAUCCCAGGUGUGAGAGGGUGCAAAGGUUUAUGGUCCUAAGGGCACGUUUCCUCUUUGAUCCAUCGGUGGUGGUUGCUGUCCUCCGUCACAAAGAUGUUUGCUCCAUUCUGUCCCAUUUUCCUUUUUUUCUUGUGUUAAUUUCCCCAAUGUUUGGGGACAAGAAGACUGCAAGUUGUGCAGUUGAAACUGUCAGGUUUCUACACUGGUCACCAGGUGACGAGACAGAAAGCCAAGUUAAAACAAAAAAGAACAAGGAACUCACCCAACGCUAACGUAUGCGUCCACAUUAUGUCUUAUUUUCUCUUAUGUCUACUAUAUUGCGUCAUAAGAGUGUAAAGGUGACUAUAAGGGUUAUUUAAUGUCUAGAGGGCUCUAAUGUUAAAAAGCAUAUUUAGAAGGUUGUAAAAAAGUUUUUUUUAAUGCUUUAAUUCAUUUAAUUUAUGCUUUGAUUCAUAAAUAAGGAAUCCUACUUAGUGGAAAUUAACAUCACGAUCGGGUCAGUAACCAAUUAAAGGGAUAGUUAUGAUUUUUUGACAUGAGGCUUUAUGACACCCCCAUCAGCAGUGUAGUACAUCAACAGUGACUUACCCCCCCAAUUGGUCCUGUGAGCCCAGUUCUCGUCGGAGAUCCGUAACGAGGAAUGUAGUUCCGCUUAGCUGCUGGGUCAUUUAAGUAAAGAGUUUGGCUUCUCAAAACAAUAUGGGUUCAAAAAGAGUCAUACAUUUGCAUCAUAAAAAUGCUUCCUCAAAAAAAUCAACCACUCAAAU